AUGAAUUUGUUGUUCUUAGAACUUCGUGGACAUAGGCAAACCCAGGAAGGAGAUUCGUCGGGUGCAACAAAUAUUUACAUUUACUUCACUGCUACCAUGAAUCGGUUUGAAAUGAAGAAAGAGUGUAGAAUUAGGGUUGAUGGCAAAAUGAGCAUACUUCUGAAUCCUAUAGCUCAAUGCCCAAUCCAGGAGUUGGUCUUCUGGCUUGCUCCCCUGCUUAAACAUAAUGCAGUUUCUGUUAUGCCAAAUCAGCCACAAAAAAACACAGAAAACAGUCUUGCAAAUGGCGGUGUUUCUCAGGCUUCAACCAGCCAUACUCCUCCCAAAUCUUCCAAAUCCUUUUUGCUCUCUAACAAAACCAUAAAGAGUGUUGGUCUUAUUGAGACUAAGCGAGAAGUGAUUGACGAUUUUAUUGCUAGUCGGCUUUGGCCAAAUUCAGAUUAUAGUUUUUGUUUUUCUCCUUCUUCGGGAGCAUCAGGAGGCCUUCUUUGUUUGUGGGAUAAGAAGCUUUUAUCGGUUUCAAGAACCAUUACUUCUCCUCGUUGGAUUUGUAUUGAUUUUGAUUUAUCUGGGAUUCAAUAUAGCUUUUUUCUGGUUUAUGGCUGUUCUUUAGCAGCUGAUAGGACUUUGCUUUGGUCCAAUCUUCUUCCUGAACUUAUCACCGACAGGUUUUGCUUCAUGGUAGGAGAUUUCAAUGAGAUUUUGCACCCUUCGGAAAGGUUGAACUUCAGUGGGUAUACGGCAGGUAUGAAACAGUUCAUGGAUUUCAUUCAGUCUUCUAAUCUUGUUGAGAUUCAGCUUCAGGGACGCCUUUUUACAUGGCAAAACAGUCAAUCUCGUUCUAAGAUUGAUCGUUGCUUUGUUUCGGCCGAUGCUUUCAUUUCUUGGCCAAAUUUAUCCCUUGUAGCUUUGCCUAGAAAUUAUUCAGAUCAUACUCCUCUUCUUUUCCGUUCAGCAGUGGCUUUUGACUGGGGUCCUAAACCUUUCAAAUCGAUAAAUGCUUGGUGGAGUAACGCUUCUUUCUAUGAUUUGGUUGCGAAUUCAUGGAAGGAAAUUUCAGCUGUUCCUGUUCAUAACAGCUUAGUUGCUAAACUAAGAGAAUUAAGGAGGAUUAUUAAAGCUUGGAAUGUCAAUUCAUUUGGCAAUCUUAAUUCAAAAAUUGAAUCAGCUCAGAAUUCUAUAGAAGCUCUUGAAGUAGCUGCAGAUUUUAGAAUUUUAUCGUCUCAAGAGCAAGAUGAGCUAGCUUGUUUGCGUGAUGAGUUCAACUUGGUUUCUAAACAAUUAGAAUCCUUAUGGCUUCAAAAAUCGAGAUUGAAUUGGAAUAUUUCUGGUGAUAAGAACUCCAAAUUCUUCCACACUAUUGCCUCAGUCCACUCUAGGAACAACUUCAUCUCUGAAAUUAUAGUGGAUAAUCAGCGUUUUAACACUCCAGAGUCUAUUAAACUUAAUAUUCAGAAUUUUUACAAGAAUUUAUACAAGCCUCAUUCUAAGCUGAAUUAUUUUCUUGAUGAUUUGCCUAUUCGAAUUUUGUCUGCUGAACAAGCAACUAGUCUUUCGGCUAUUUUUACCGAGGAGGAGAUUUUUCUAACUUUACUGGGUUGUGAUGACAAUAAAGCUCCGGGUCCAGAUGGUUUUAAUUAUUUUUUCUACAAGAAGGCUUGGAAGAUCUUGAAGCAUGAUAUCUUGCAGUUGUUCUUCAAUUUUCAUCAGACUGGAUUUUUCCCCACAGGUCUGAAUACUGCUUUUUUGGUUCUGAUUCCGAAAUUAAAAGGGGCUAUCGACAUCAAAGAUUUUCGUCCUAUUAGUUUGAUCAACGGAGUUUUCAAGUUAUUGUCAAAGGUGUUAGCUAACAGGUUAUCUCCUAUUCUUCCUCUUCUUAUUUCUGAUAAUCAGUUUGGAUUUAUUAAAGGAAGAAAUAUACAUGACUGCCACAUGAUUGCCUCGGAGCUAAUCCAUCUUGCUAAUAGGCGUAAAGAUCAAGUUUUUCUCAUUAAACUUGAUUUUAAAAAAGCGUUUGACUCAAUAUCAUGGGAUUUUAUUCUCAAAGUUAUGGCUAGGAUGAAUUUUGAUGCUACUUGGAUUAAUUGGAUUAGUUCCUUUUUUUCUUCUUCGCAACUUUCUGUUCUUGUUAACGGUAGUCCUAGUAAGAACUUCAGUAUGAGCAGAGGAGUCAGACAAGGGGAUCCUAUUUCUCCGAUGCUUUUUGUCCUAGCCGUAGAAGGUCUUAAAGCUUUGUUUGUGAAAGCUGUCGAUUUAGGUCUUAUUGAUGGUAUUCACGUUGAUGGCUACGCUGAGCCAAUUUCCAUUCUGCAGUUCGCUGAUGACACGCUCUUGUUUGUGCCUAAGGAUAUGGAAAUGAUCCGGAAUUUAUUGAGGAUUCUUAGAUGUUUCGAGUUGGUCUCUGGGCUUGAAAUUAAUUAUCAAAAGUCGUCUAUCAUUGGUAUCAAUGUAGAAGACGUUUCCAUGGUUGCAGCCUCUUCUAUUCUCAAUUGUAAGAUUGAAAAAUUGCCAAUUACUUAUCUGGGUUUGCCUCUUUCUCUGAAGCCAAUUAAAGCUAAACAUUGGGAUCCCAUUAUAAGUAACUUCUCUAAUCAAUUAGCCGGAUGGAAAGGUAACUUAUUGUCUCCUGCUGGUAGACUUGUCUUGGUUAAGUCUGUUCUUUGCAGUCUUCCAGUUUAUUAUCUUUCUUCGUUUCGCAUUCCGAGUUCGGUGGUUUUGUCUCUGGAGCAAUUGAUGCGCCGUUUUUUAUGGAGUGGUUCGGUCUUAAAAUCUGGUUUCAGCAAGGUCUCAUGGGUGGAUGUUUGCAUGCCUUUUGCAUAUGGAGGUUUGAAUAUUUCUCCUAUGAAAUUUAAAAAUCAGAUUUUACUUUUAAAGUGGAUUUGGAAACUUGGUAUCUCAGAUAAACUCUCUCUUUGGUUUAGCGUAAUCAGUUGUAGCUCAAGCUUGUCUCAUUGGUUUGACAUCGAACAAGUAGAUACUCGUCGUUUAUCUCAUCUUUGGAAAGGUGUCCAUUCUUCUUGUGUUUCUCAGCAGCAAUUUUGGAACUUCUUCAAAAAUGGCUUGCGUAUUAGCUUGGGUUCAGGAGAAAAUGUGAGGUUUUGGUUUGAUGUUUGGGCAGGAAACAAUUCAUUCAAUUUGCUUUUCCCUGGUUUGUUCAAUCUUUGCCGCAAUAAAUAUUCUUCUGUGUCAGUGUUAUUUAAUUCUGGGCAGCAGAAUUUUAGCUUUGUUUGGCAGCGGCGGCUUCGUCUUGGAGAACAAUCUCAACUCAGCUCUCUUUUGGCCAUUAUUUCUGAUAAUUUUCCCUCUAUGGGACCUGACCUGUUCGAAUGGAACAGCAAACCUUUCUCUCCGGCAACCUUCUCGCACUUUUGGCAUGCUUCAGUUGGUUCUCCAUCUCCUCAGCUCAGCAGAUUUUGGAAAUUCAGUAUUCCUCCUCGCAUUCAAUUCUUUAUGUGGCUUUUGGCUAGGGACCGGAUAUCUUCUAACGCUUUGUUAGCCCGUCGAGGUGUUAUUUCAUCUUUUAAUUCUACUUGCUUGCUUUGUUCCGAAGAAGAGUCGAGUAUCCAUAUUAUUUUGCAAUGCCGUUUCGCUUGGGAAUUUUGGAACUCAAUUCUGCAUUGUUGCAGCAUUCAAUGGGCUGCUCCAACCUCAAUUCAUCAUUUUUUUGACUUUUGGAGUUCUCUUUCAAGCAAGCGAUAUCGUUGUCUUUGGCAGUCUAUAUGGUUUUUCGGUAUCUGGGAGUUAUGGAAAGCAAGAAACAGGAGGACUUUCAGACAUGAAAUUGUGGACAUCAACUCAUUGGUGUACUCGUCGAUUUGCAAUGCAGUUAUCUACUACAAGGAUAACAAUAGCGGUUUUAAUUAUUCGCCGAAUGAUGUUUUUAGAAACUUAAACUUCUUCUGUAAUUUUUUGUAG